UACACAUCUCAUGUCAGCUUUGUCAUCAGCAUUAGAGAUGACAGAGUGUUUAUAUUUGCUUCACAAGAUUCUUGGUCUCAUAAUGGGAUUUAACUUCGAAACCUAAAGUCAAGCCCGAAGGCAAACGAUCCAUAGCUGAGUACUAGCCCCCAGCUCACAAGAUGAGUAAGGAAAAGAAAACGUCCAAGAAACUUCACUUGGAGUCAGCAGACUUGUUGUGUAAAAAUGGCUGUGGUUUCUAUGGUAACCCAGCAUGGCAGGGCUUUUGUUCCAAGUGCUACCGAGAGGUGUAUCAGCCAGCGAAACAAGCACAGCAACAGCAUGAUGCCAUGCGGGAAGCAUCCAAAAGAACGGGGGACACGCCUCCGCCUUCCUUCUCCAAGUUCGCGGAGAAGAAAACACAACAGAUCAACAAGCGCAGCCACACUAUGAAGUCUAUAUUCAAACGCACACCAGUGAAAGACACAUCAGCAGACCAACAUGGCCACACUCAGAAAGAGACGCGGAGGUCUAGCAUUGAGAGUCAGAAAGUAGGGGGAGAGUUUGCGGAGUUUCUCAAGACCCUUCGUAAGCCUGCCGCACUUGACAUCUCAAAGCAAGUCCGCAGUUUCAUUGAGCGCAUCCAGCAGAGCGGGGAGCAGCCGAUAGACGACCUGUCUGAGACAGUCCAAGACUUCUACCAGGGUCUCUCAGACAGGCUCAACUCUCACACUGUGUUCAAAGGGUUGAACCAGGACGUGAUAGAGAAGAUCCUGGACUUUACAGAGCGCUACAUCCUGGUACGCCUCUACCGCAUAGUGUUCUGCCCGCCCUCCACCACAGACGAGGAGAAAGAUCUGCUGGUACAGAACCGGAUCCGGAGCCUUCAUUGGAUCACAGCCCAGCAGCUGGAUACCCUGAUCAAUGAACACGAUCCUCAGAUCAGACAGCUAAUUGAUCAAGCCAUUACAUUUGCCAUAGAGAUGGAUUCAAAGCGUGCGACUCAGGACAAACUAGCCUGUGUGGUCAACUGUAGUAAGAAUAUCUUCGAGCUUCUCCGUGAGUCGAAGCAAGUUCCAGCAAGUGCUGAUGAGUUUCUUCCAGCCCUCAUCUACAUCGUGCUGAAAGCCAACCCUCCGCGACUCCAGUCCAACAUUCAGUACAUCACACGAUUCGCUAACCCCAGUCGACUCAUGAGUGGAGAAGCUGGUUACUACUUCACCAACUUGUGUUGUGCAGUUGCUUUUAUCGAGAGCCUGAAUGCUGACUCACUGAGCAUCUCCCAGUCCGAGUUUGAUCGUUACAUGUCCGGUGAGGCCGUGCCCCCAUCAGCAGGGAACGAGUAUAUGUGUGAGGGCCUGCGGAUGAGCAAGGAAAACCUGCGGGGCCUUGGGGAACUGCGACAACGGCAGGAGAAGGUGGCAGCGGAGGCGCUGCAGCUACAGCAAGAAAUGAUGGAGUUCAAAGAAAACUUUAUGAAAGAAAUCCAGGACGUUCUCACACGAACCCCUUUGAAACUAAAACCGAGGAAGGUGAAGAUCGAUCUUGACGCAGAGAGCGAGGAACAAGGAACGUUGAAUCUACCAUCUCCUAUCAAGCCAUUCACAGCACCAGAACCACGGCAACUUGAAUUCACAGAGAGCAUGGAUGCUACGCCAUCUCAUGUCGCCAUGACGAGUGAUAGUGACACUCCAAAAGUUGAUCUCAUGGAUGAGCCAAUCACAGAGUCUACAACUUAACAUUUAUACAAGAAUCGUGUAUAUGAGAAAGAGAUUAUUUCAUUGGAUGGAGAGAGAUAUUUAUUGGGUUCUCCAAAUCUGCGAUACUGGUGUAAUGACUCCAUGUCUUCAUUGUGGUUAGUGAGAGUAGACACUCGUAGAAGUCAUCUUCUAUAAAAUAUCUAUCAGUUGGUUAAUUAUUUCAUAUGUACAGCUAAUUAGGGUGAGAAAAUUUGGUUUUAUGCCGCUUUUAGAAAUAUUUCAGCUAUAUCACGGCAGGGGAUACCAGAAAUGGGCUUCACGCAUUUUACCCACGUGUUGAAUUGAACCCAUGGUGAACAGCAUGGUGAGCAAACGCUUUAUCCACUAGGAUAGCCACUUCCCCGUUUGCUUCUGAACAAAUGUUGUUUAUGAAUUGUUGGAGAUUGUUGAUAAGGGAUAUUUGUGAAAACAGGUGUGUUCAGACAGGCACUUCUGUCUCCCUAUGAGUAACUACUGUGGUCCCAGUACGUCUUUACGUCUUGUUCCUCCAGUACGUCUUUUUCUAGUGAGACAUGGACUAGUGACUGGCCUGCCUGAGUAUGUCACUGUGUUACAACUGGAAAUGAAUUACCUUGUGCAUCAUGUUUUGAAAUAUUUGAUGGAAUGUCUCAGAUUAUAUCCUGAAUAGAGUGGAAUCUUGUAAAUCUGGACACUGUUAAUCCAGAACCCAACCUUCAGUACGAUUGCAGAAUUCUUACCUGCAUACAAAGUGGCAGUUGAUUCUGACAAGUUCAGUGCGUGUACACCCAUGAAGAUCAAUGUCAGAAUCGAUCUUCAGCAGCCCAGGCUUGUCAAAAGAGGCGACUAACAGGAUCAAGUGGUCAGGCUCACAUGUCAUCCUGUCACAAUUGUACUGAUGCUCAUGAUAUCGAUCACUAGUCUGGUCCAGAUAUGAUCAUUUGUGGACCAAAGUCAUGAAGCUGGAAUGUUGUACAGUUGGGCAUUACACAACAAACAAACUUUGUGUUUGUUAGCAUCCAGAUUACGGUUUCAUUAAGGUAUAGCAU